UUGCCCCACUACUAUCGCACCGUCAUACUACCAGUACUCCCUACAUAGCGUCCGCGAGACGUCGUGUUUCCCUCGUUCCAAAAUCAAACUUCAGUCAAACUUUAUCCCGAUUCCCGCGCAAAGUACAAGAUGGGGUGGUCGCUCCUAACAUUACUACUACUGGUGACCACAGCAAGCGCCCAGCGGGAGAUCUGUCUUUCUGGCGACGACAACCCUUAUCUACUUUUCGGUACGAAGACCGCAUAUAUCUUCGCCAACCGCGGUGUUCCCAAUUUGAAAGCCCACGACGUUCCUGGGUGCACGCCGAUAGCUCUUUGGCUGGUGAACCGUCACGGAUCGCACAACCCUGAAGCCAAUGAGAUCGCCUUACUGCAAAGUCUGUCCAAUGUCAGGAAAAACAUCAUUGAUAACUACAGGAGGGGCGAAUAUAGGAAUUUCAAUGAACGCAUAUGUUCAUCAGAUCUGAACUUGCUACAGCAAUGGAGCUGGAACCCUCGCCACAAUAUCACCUAUGCUGGAGACUUAACGAGUGACGGGUACACCACCACGCAACAUUUGGCUCAGGCUUUCAGGCAGAAGUUCCCUGGGCUUCUGACUAACAACAGACAUGAUUACAUGUUCAAACUGGCGGACGAUAAGCUGUCGAACAAAUCUCUCGGAGCUUUCAUGGAAGGCCUUUUCAGGACACAAGCUGAUGAUUUGGAUGUGUUGAAAGAAGUUGAUGACAAACUCUUAAGGCCCUAUAAGGCGUGCUCCGGUUGGGAGAGCGCAGUUGAACAGAACAACGAAACCUACUCUCAGAAAUACAUCUUCGAAUCGAAGCGAGAAUUCAAAGAAAUGAUAACAAAUAUUUCACAACGCCUUGGAUUCAACUACGACAUGAGUCUGGAGGUUGCGCAGCGCAUGUAUCAGAUCUGCCGGUACAACAAGGCUUGGGACGUUUCGCAGAUCUCUCCUUGGUGUGCUGCGUUUACACGUCAAGAUUUAAAACGAUUCGAGUACUCUGAAGAUUUAGAGUCAUACUACAAAUUCGGAUAUGGCUCACCAACGAAUCGCAAACUUGGAUGCCCUCUCGUGAAAGAGUUGGUGGAUUUCUUCACGAAGCAUGUGGAAAAUGAUCCACCACAACAACCCCGCGCACUGGUUCACUUCACGGACGCGCCCUCAAUUCUCAUGACCAUAGUUGCUAUGGGCACACAUCGCGACUCCGCCCCGUUGACUGGAGACAACUACCAUACCAACAUGGUGCAAAGUCGCAAGUGGAGCACGUCAAACAUGUCGCCAUUCAACGCAAAUUUGGCUGCUGCACUCUACAAGUGUACACCGAACGGAAAAUUCCAGUACAACGAGAUGUAUCAAGUUUUGUUUCUCGAAAAUGAGAAAACGAUGAACAUGGACGGCUGCAAGGUUGGCCUAUGCGACUGGUCUUACGUGAAAAACCGUUUCGCUGAGGUUAUCAGCCAGUGCAAUACAGAGUCUUGUAACGCUGCUGCUUCAUUGAGCAGUUUAGUGAGUUUAAUCGUUGUCACUUUAGUGAUUGUUCAAUUAUAGAUCAACGGUCACUAUAUCGGUCUCAGGUCCAUUGCUGGAUAUUGAGUGUUCCAAAAGGAGAGGUUAGAUCAAGGUAACCUUAGUAUGAUAUGCCAACUCGCCGGAAAUAUCUGCGCAUUUUACCUCUCUCCCCACUCUACUGUCUCACCCCGCUAAGUAUUACCGUCAUGGACCAAUAAUUCAAAUGGACUGCUAAUCGCGAUGCAAGACAGCGUAGUCGGGUAUUUAGUACCUAUUGGUGCACCAGAUGUCGCGACGAAUACCAAAUCGCUAUUUUUGUAACCAGUUUUACAUGGCAAGCAGGAAUUUAUCAAAGGUAUAUUAAUUUCUAGUGACCACAAACGAAUCAUCUUGAUUUAUUGUACAGAUUUUUAUGGAUAGUGUCGGAUAUUCUUUUAUUUUGUUUAGGAACAGCGCCAUGUGGGUACACAUUACGAAAUGUUAACUUAUAAAUUAGUUUGCAACACAUAAUGCCAUCUAUUAACAUGCACAUUUGUCAAAGUUCUGAGAACAAUUUUAGCUCAUAAUCAAACUUAUUUAAUAUUAAAAAGGAAUGAAUUAAUAUCCAUGACCAUUAACAUACUAUAAACUAAUUUCAUGUCAUAGAUCAGCGCCAUAGAUAACUUGUAUCUCUGCCGUCCACUAACUAAAAU